CGAGGCUUGAUUUUUCUGGAGCCUAUCGGAUCUAUGAGGUUUGUGUCGGAGGUAACAAGAAGAAAGAAAAAAAUAGCAUGUGAGAGGGACUGGGGUUUGGUUCCGGGAUGUGGUGUGGGUGGUGUGAUUUGCUGGGAUGCGAUAUUUUUCAUUUAUUUUUCAUUAUUUUUGGGGGAGGGGGGACUUGUUCUGUUUUGGGGAGGUCAAGGUGAAGUUCGGUGAGGAAAUGAAGGUGUCUUAAUGUGAUGCGAGGUGAAUAAUGUCUUGGCUUUUUGGCGGGGUCGAGGGGAUUGUUUCGUGGUGCGGCAAAAUGG